UAUAUCCCUUGGUGACAUGAGAAAUAUGGCCAAAAUUAUGUAUAUAGCAUUUGUAUUUCUGUUUUUUUAUGCCUCAUCGGCUGACAGUGCUUUACAAACUGUAAAUGGAACUAUUCACGUGAGAAUUGGGACAACCGCGGCAUGCUCUGACGCUGCUAGAUUUAUUCAGAGCCAAGUACUUCAAACAUAUGAAUUGUACAAGGAAUAUUUGGAGAUUGAAUUUGUGCCUUGGGGAAGAACUAGAAGAGACGCUCAAGGUAAUCUCAACUGCCAAUUCGGUGAAAAUGAUUGUUGGGCCAAUCGUGUUCAGAGAUGCGUUCUUAGCUUACUUGCUGGAAACACAGACGUUCAAGUUAAAUAUAUGCUAUGUGAAUUUUCUCCUCCUUUUCCUGCACUCCGGCAGAGAAGUCUAUUAUGUGCUCAGUCCGUUGGGCUGAGUGUGAUUGAAGUAGACUAUUGCAUGACAACAACUGGAAACGCAUUGGAAGGUCCAGCUGAACUUGCUUCAACAGCGGCUGUAGAAGCGAUACGAUUUAUACCAUUUAUCGUUUUCAAUAAUAAUAUUAACGUCAACCAGCAUGUCCAGGCGUACAGGAAUUUACGCAGCACAAUUUGCUUUGCAUUAGCAGAUGACCCAACAACAGGUAUAACGUACUGUAAAAUUUAAACUUGAAGAAUAUUAAAAAACGAAAAUAGCAAACGUUAUCUCUUAAUCAGGAAAUGAAACCUCCUCGUAAUUGGUGAUUUAAGAAAUAACAGUUUUAUCUUACUUGGCCCCAGCUCGGAUUUUCGUACUUUCAAGAUAAAUUUCAACAUUGUCGCCUUUUAAUUAACGAAGUUGGGUAAUUGACAAUAAUUGAGUAUUAUAACCGGCAAUAUCUGUUUUAUUUGUAAAGAUAACGGUGAAUUUUCAACCAUAAUAUAAUAAAUACGUUAUUAUUAUCUGUGUCAAUAAAUGAAUAAU